AAGUGACGGAGAGAGUAUUGGGAACUGUCCUUUCUGCCAACGCCUUUUUAUGAUACUCUGGCUUAAGGGAGUUAAAUUUAAUGUGACUACUAUUGAUACAGCCAGAAAACCUGAAGAACUGAAGGACUUAGCCCCAGGUACCAACCCACCGUUCUUGAUAUAUAACAAAGAGUUGAAAACAGACUUCAUCAAAAUCGAGGAGUUUCUAGAGAAGACACUCGCUCCUCCAAGGUAUCCUCAUCUGAGUCCCAAGUACAAGGAAUCUUUCGAUGUGGGCUGUAAUCUCUUUGCCAAAUUUUCUGCAUACAUUAAGAAUACACAAAAGGAAGCAAAUAAGAAUUUUGAAAAAUCUCUGCUUAGAGAAUUUAAACGUUUGGAUGACUACUUAAAUACCCCACUUCUGGAUGAAAUUGAUCCUGACAGCACCGAGGAACGUACACUUUCCAGAAGACUGUUCUUGGAUGGGGAUCAACUAACACUGGCUGACUGUAGUUUGUUGCCCAAACUGAACAUUAUUAAAGUUGCUGCGAAGAAGUACCGUGACUUUGACAUUCCAGCAGAAUUCUCAGGAGUCUGGCGCUAUCUCCACAAUGCCUACGCCCGUGAAGAAUUCGCCCACACAUGUCCCGAAGACAAAGAAAUUGAAAAUACCUAUGCAAGUGUGGCUAAACAGUAGAGACAUCUCUUUCAGAAGCAAAAGCUCUCUUUGUUAUCUAAUUUCACUUUGUGCCUUAUUAGAAAGAUUAUUGGAAAUAAUAACAUAGAAAAUACUAUUUCCUCUAGUCAAUCUAGUAAUAGAAAAAAAUAGAAAAAAAUAGAAAAAAAUAGAAAAAAAGUUUUCCAUUAGCUAUAAACAAUCCAACCGCUUUGUAUCUUGCAGACAGCUGUAUUUUCAUUUCAAUUAUUCCUGCAACAAACACUGAAUCUUAAAAACAUGGAAAGCAUCAA